CCAGUUGUCAAAUUUGGCUCAUGUCGCCGCCAAAAUGGCGAACCGGACAGUAAAAGAUGCAAAAUCAAUUCGUGGUACAAAUCCUCAAUAUCUCGUGGAAAAGAUAAUACGAUCUCGCAUAUACGAUUGUAAAUACUGGAAGGAAGAAUGCUUCGCGUUAACAGCCGAGUUACUUGUCGACAAGGCGAUGGAAUUGCGUUAUGUCGGUGGUGUUCACGGCGGCUUCAUUUAUCCAACACCAUUUUUGUGUUUAGUUUUAAAAAUGUUACAGAUACAACCUGAAAAAGACAUUGUAGUGGAAUUUAUAAAGAACGAAGAGUUUAAAUAUGUGCGUGCGUUAGGCGCCUUUUAUAUGAGGCUCACAGGAACUUCUGUUGAUUGUUACAAGUAUUUAGAGCCGCUUUAUAACGAUAACAGAAAACUGAGGCGUCAAAAUCGUCAGGGACAGUUCGAGAUAGUUCAUAUGGACGAGUUUAUUGAUGAAUUACUAAGGGAAGAGCGGUUAUGUGAUGUUAUUUUGCCAAGGAUACAGAAAAGGCAUAUAUUGGAGGAGAAUAAUGAAUUAGAACCUAAAGUAUCUGCCUUGGAUGAUGAUCUGGAUGAAGAUAUGCCAUCAGAGGAAGAAAAUAUUGAUAUAGAAGCCAAAGAAAACAGAAGGGAAAAGGAUAAACGGGAUAAAGAUAGGCGCAGAGACAGAUCGAGGGAUAGAGACCGAAGGGACAAAGAUCGUAAACGUGAACGAUCAAGAAGUAGGGAUCGCGAUCGUAGACGGGAAAGAGAAAAGGAGAGGGAAAGAGAGAAGGAGCGAGAAAAAGAAAGGGAGAAAGAAAGAGAACGAGAAAGGGAAAAGGAUAGAGAUCGUUUACGAGAGCGUGAGAGGGAGAGAGAAAAGGAUAGAAGAGACAGAGAUAGACAUGAAGGAGACAGAAGACGAGGUGGCAGAUAUUAGUAAUUUAAGCUAUUAAAUGAUAUGAUUUUACA